AGUGGGUAAACAGCCUGAUAACGGUCAGCUGAAAUCAACUAAGAUGCUUAAUAACACAUCUAGUUGUGAAAAACUGCAAAUGGUGUUGCUACCCGCAGUGUAUGGUAUUGAGUUCUUUGUGGCAUUGGCUGGUAAUUUAUUUGCACUGUUGCUAUUAGUGAAGAAAGAAAGAAGAAACUGGCACACUGGUGUAGUUCUGUCCUGUAACUUGGCCAUCAGUGACCUCCUUUAUAUUCUGACCCUUCCACUGUUGAUAGUCUACUACAGACUGGAGAAACACUGGAUAUUUAGUGAUGCUGUGUGCAAAAUGGAGAGGUUUCUUUUUACCUGCAACUUAUACGUGAGCAUCUUCUUCAUCAUGGGGAUUAGUGUGAACCGAUGUGUGGCCCUUGCAUACCCCUUUUUCACCCGAAAUCACCUGCGGCCUUCACACGCCAAGGCUUUCAGUGUCGCCAUCUGGAUCCUGGUGGCAGCCAUUUGCUGCCCUGUGUUAAAGUUUGCCUCUGUUUGCCCUUUGACCCCUACGAACAAGACUCUGUGCGUAUCCUAUUGCGACAAUGGUGUCCAUGGAGUUGAAAGAGCCCACUUCAAUUACAAAAUUUUUCUUGCCGUGUUUGGAUGUCUUGUUCCGUUCUUAGUGACUUUCACUUCAUACUGUGUGGUAAUCUGGGUGGUAUGGAAGAAUGCGAACAUAUCCACACUGGAGAAACAUAAGGUGGCCCUAAUGGUCGUCUCAGUCAUUGUGCUGUAUAUCAUUUCCUUUGUGCCUUACCACAUUUUUCAGAGCUAUCACUUCUACUUGAAAAUAAUGUAUCCCAAUGACUUUGUCUGUUGGGCCUACAAUCUUUACCAAGUUUCCAAGGGGCUGGCAACUCUGAACAUGUGCAUCCAUCCUCUCCUUUAUAUGGCUGUGUUUGACAGCAUCAGAAUAGCCUGCUGUGGUAAGAGUCAAGAGGACAUUGACAGGAGAGACAUAAAUUAGUAGCCUAGUAUUAAAAGUGUUGUUUCUUGAUAAGAUAUUGUGCUGUGAGGGGAAAUUGAGUGGACAAUCAUUUGUGGGUUGUUGUAAAAGUGUAAAAUAUCUAUUGCUGAGACCUCAGCUGUAGUAUCUGUGUUUUGUUUUGUUUUUUACUGUCAUUUUUAUUGUGUACAUACUUUUCUAUGCCAUUGGCACUGACAUAUAAUCACAUCUGCAAUAAAG